AUGGUCCUCGGCCGCCUCUUCCACUACACCUUCGACAUCGUCCUCCUCUCGACCGUCCUCGCCGGCGUCAAGCGGCACACCGGCUUCCAGUUCUCGACGUCGAGCCUGCCCGAAGGACCGGCGCAGCAGACCGCCAACACGCUCCUCGGCGCCGGCGAGCGCGUGUUCGAGCUGGCCGCCGCGACGAGCUACACGAGCUCUUUGUUCGAGCGCGAGCCGCCCAAGGUCAAGUAG